AUGAUUCACAAAUCAUAUCUCUUCAAGGUGCGCAUUAGAGCAAACAGGCGUAAAUUCGGGGAUGGUGAUGCAGCCUUUUCUGUUGUAAGGAUGAUUGGUGAUGAAAAUUUGGUAUCCAAAUACAGUCAGUGGGUAACUGACAAAGAAGAAUCUAAUUUCUUGACACUUCUUCAAAAGGAAGAGGCAAAGGGCAAGGACAUAGACGAGCUCACUUCACGGCAUGAGUUAGAGAGACUCGAUGGUGCUCUGCUAAAACAUCCUACGUAUCAGUACAAGACAGAGUUUCAGAGUCAUGAACCCGAUUUUGAUUCUUUGAGGAGCAUUGAGAUUGAAGAAAAGAUCAAUAAAAUCAGGUGGUGCGCGUCAUCAAAUGGAUCGUUGUGUCUUCUAUCAGCAAAUGAUAAGACUAUCAAGUUAUGGAGGGUCAAGGACCAUGAAGCUAAGCAAGUCACAGAAAUGGAAAUCGGUCAAUCUGUAUCAUCAGAGAAUUCACUGUUGGCCGAAAAGAGUUUUAUUAAUGGGAAAACGGCGAAUGCUUCUGACAGCAAUUCUUUAGAAUUGACGGAAAACAUGUUGAAUGGCGUAUCAUAUAAUGGGGCGAAUAAAAAGAUAGCAUAUUUAGAGGAUGCUACUCGAGCAAGAUGUCGAAGGGUGUAUGCACAUGCUCAUGAUUUCAACAUUAACUCUAUCUCAGUUAAUAGGUAUGGUUAG